AUGCAAGUUCAAUUCCCAGUUUCAGAGCUCGGAUCCGACCUUUUUUGCAACAGAGAGACGCAUCGCAGUUGGCAUCCACAUCACUUUCCUGAACACCUUGCAUCCGCAACCCACCCUGACCGGCAGCUUCAAUGAUCGCACUGUCUGCCCUUGCUGCUCAUUCGAAACGAGUCCCUACCGUCACACGCACCCUCGCCUCCUCUCUCGCUGCUGUUUCUUCCUCGAGAUCAUUCCACCAUUCCACUAUGGCUUCACAGCAGGAAGAGGGUCCCGUCACCGCCAGCAUCCGCACCACUCUCACAGAGUUCCUGAACCCCAGCUCGUUGGAGAUCAUCAAUGACAGCUCCAAGCACGCUCACCAUUCUGCUAUGCGUGGCGUGACCAGCAAGGAGACCCAUUUCAGAGUCAAUGUUGUCUCCGAGGCCUUUGCUGGCAAGACCACGAUGCAGCGUCACCGCAUGGUCUAUGGAGCCCUGAACAAGGACUUUGAAGCAGGCCUUCAUGCCCUGUCCCUGAACACCAAGACACCCGCCGAGAUUGCCAAAACAACUGAGGCAUAGUUGUGUGAGCAGUUGCAACACCCAUAGACCCACACUUUCUCUCGUUUGAAUAAAUAAACCUGACAACAACGUGGCGGGUUAUCAUGAUCAGUUGGAAUGACACAGCAAG